UAUAUAUAUAUAUAUAUAUAUAUAUAUAUAUAUAUAUAUUUUUUUUUUUUUUUCUCACUACGAUGCAUCACUUUGGGUGGGAAAGGAAAGCCGUGUGUUAAAGCACACACUGCGAGAAAUCCAGAUUCAAGAAAAUAAGUAAUGGAGGAGCUGGAUCCAGAAGAGCAUUUUCUCCGGGAUGCGAGAAAUGGGAACUUGCCAGGAAUUCAAAGCCUUUUGAUGUCUAAAAUAAAAGAAGAAACUAAAUUUGACAUCAACUGUAAAGGCAAGAACAGGUCAAAUUUUGGAUGGACUGCUCUUCAUCUGUCAUGCUAUUUUGGACACAAGGAUGUGGUGGAGGAAUUGCUAAAGGCUGGAGCAGAUGCCAAUCUGACAAACAAUGUAGGAGACACACCACUCCAUAAAGCAGCAUUCACAGGACGACAGGAGGUGGUGAUGCUGCUGCUUCAGUAUGAUGCCUGUCCUUCGGUCAUUAACGGCUCGGCUCAGAUUCCCAAAGACAUCACGCACGAUGAGGAGAUCAGGAGCAUGCUAGAGGCGGCAGAGCGAACUGAAGAGAGGAAGUUGGAGGAGCAGAUGUUAGAAGCAGCUCGAGAAGGAGCCACAACUACCCUGUUAAAACUGCUGAACAGGGAGAAACCUCCAAACAUCAACUGCACAGACCUGCUGGGUAACACGCCAUUACACUGUGCUGCAUACAGAGGCCAGAAACACUGUGCAGUUAAACUGCUGCAGAACGGAGCCAGCCCCAACAUCAAGAACAAGAACGGUCAGACUGUGUUUGAUCUUGCAAAGGACACAGAGAUGAGGCAGAUCCUGGAGGGCAGUUUGAUGAAAGGUCUGAGGCGUUAUGUUCAGAUGUUUGAUGGUCCACUUUGGAAGAGCACCAGGUUCUUUGGCUGGCGUUCCUGCUGGGUCGUUCUUCAAGAUGGAGUUUUGUCAUGGUAUUCAAAACAGUCUGAUGCUGCAUCCAACAGUCAGAGUAAAGGCUGCAAAGCCCUGACCCAGGCCCAAUGUAGUACUAAAGACAGCUGCUACUUUACAGUCAAGUGCUUUGAUGACAGCGUCCAUUAUUUUAAAGUCUCACCCAAAGGUGACCCAGAAACCACCAGAAAAAAAUGGUUGGACGCUAUCGAGGCGCACUCGGCAUUCAGCACUCAUUACUGCUCGCAGGAUCAGGACAGCGAGGAAGACGAGGAUGAGGUGAUAUCACUGGGCGAGCUGAUGGAGUCUCUGCAGCAGGCUGAGGUGUGUCAUGGGAAGUUGGAAUCUGAGGUGCUGUCCCUCCUCUCCAUGGUGAAAGAGGAUUUACUCGGUGAAGGCCUUCCAGUGGCUGUGCUGCAGAAGCUCAGAAUGGUGUGUGAGGCAUCCAGCAAGACCUGUACAUCUCUCCGUCAGUGUCUCGACUUGUUCUCCAAACAAGAGGGGACACGCAGUCUGAAGCUGGAACAGGAAGUGGAGAAGAAUAAGAUCCUGUCGGAGGCUCUGCAGACUUUGGCUACAGAGCACCAUGAGCUGGAGCGGUCUGUGGUUCGAUGCUCAUCUCCCCGCAGUGCCAUUCUCAGCGAGGACGACUUCUAUGAUGCCCUUUCCUAUUCCGACUCUGAGCAUUCGCAUAACUGCCUAGAGUUGAGCUGCUCGUUCAAGGAAGGGGACGAGGGCAGGUCAGAGCUCUAUUAUAGUGUGCCGAGUUGUCUCACCGGAGGGACGAUGUCCCAGGAGGAUUGGCGUGGUGAUGAGGAGGAUGAAGGAGCCAAACCCAAUGGAACCAAAAAACACAGGACAAGUUUGCCGGCACCCAUGUUUUCCAGAAACAACUUCAGCAUCUGGAGCAUACUGAGAAAGUGCAUUGGAAUGGAGCUGUCUAAGAUCACCAUGCCAGUCAUCUUCAACGAGCCACUCAGCUUCUUACAGAGACUCACAGAGUACAUGGAGCACACUUAUCUCAUCCAGCAGGCUAACGACUCCACUGACCCCAUCGAGAGAAUGAAGUGUGUAGCAGCAUUUGCAGUGUCUGCAGUGGCGUCUCAGUGGGAGAGGACUGGGAAGCCCUUUAAUCCCCUGCUGGGGGAGACGUAUGAGCUCGUCAGAGAGGAUUUGGGCUUCCGGGUGAUCUCGGAGCAGGUGAGUCACCAUCCUCCAGUUAGUGCUUUCCACGCUGAGGGCCUAGAAAAAGACUUUGUUUUCCACGGGUCCAUCUACCCCAAGCUGAAGUUCUGGGGUAAAAGUGUGGAGGCCGAGCCAAAAGGCAUCAUGACUCUGGAGCUUCCUAAAUGUAAUGAGGCAUAUACAUGGACAAACCCGACAUGCUGCGUUCACAACAUCAUCGUGGGGCAGCUUUGGAUUGAACAGUACGGUAACGUGGAGGUGAUCAACCACAGAACUGGAGAGAAGUGCUGUCUCAGCUUCAAACCUUGUGGUCUUUUUGGCAAAGAGCUGCACAAAGUAGAGGGCUACAUUCUUGACAAAAGCAAGAAGAAAGUGUGCGUUUUGUAUGGGAAGUGGACGGAGUGCAUGUACGCAGUGGAUCCGGCAACGUUUGAGGCUCACAAGAAGAACGAUAAGGCCACAGAUGGGAAGAAAAACAGUAAAGAGGGGUCCAGUGCUGAGUCUGAGGAAAGCGAACAACCAGGCGGUGACUCGGUGGAGGAGAUUCCAGGCAGCCAGUUACUUUGGAAAAUCAAACCACGACCAGCCAACUCCGCUCAGAUGUACAGUUUCACAUCAUUCGCCAUGCAGCUAAACGAGCUGGAUGAAGACAUUGAAGCUGUAAUUCCCAAAACCGACUGCAGACUGAGACCCGACAUCCGCGCCAUGGAAAAUGGAGACAUUGAUUUAGCAAGUGAGGAGAAAAAGAGGCUGGAGGAAAAGCAGAGAGCAGCACGCAAGAGCCGAGCCAAGUCAGACAUGGACUGGAAGACAAGAGGCUCCGCCUCUGGCCCCAGCAGGUGGUUUCAUCAGGGUCCAAACCCUCAUACCAACUCUCCGGACUGGCUCUUCUCCACCUCUUACUGGAACCGAGAUUACUCCCAAGUGCCUGAUAUUUACUGAGACGACCUACGAUAUCGUAAAGCUAGGCCACGUGGGAUAUUUGUGUGAUAAACUUGUUUCUUAAAUGGAACAAUUUUAUCAUACCUGCAAGUUCCCUUUAUAUUAUUAUUAUUAUUGGGAUUUUUUUUUUAAAGGAAAAUGUUCUUACUUAAUUCUUCAUGCACAUAAAUGAUAAGGGUGGAGUAAUUUGAUUCAGUAAUGUAAAGUCAAUCAUAUGAUGGGUUACUCAAGCUACCCUAAUAUGAAAAAAGUAAUAAGAAUUAUAAUUGAGGAUAGAAAUGAUUUUGUGUGUGUGUGUGUGUGUGUGUCAUUGGACAAUCAUCCAAUUUUCUAAACAAUUAGAACACAAGUACACUGCUAGUUUUUAAUUAUGUACUAAACUUUAUAUUAUUUAUUUCAGAGCUCUUUUUAUGCUUUACUUUUUCACUAAUGCACUGAAUAUUUUACAGUAAUAUUUGCUACAGAUGUGUGGCUUUACACAUGUUUCUUCAGCUUGGAUUUCAUUUUUUCUCAAUAACGACGAGACGAUACUGUUUUCAUCAUCUCGUGAUGUGUAGUAACUCAUUAUGGUGUGUGUGUGUGUGCGUGUGCGUGUGCGUGCGUGUGAGCAUGUAUGAGAGUGAGAAAGAGUUAUUCCUAUUCUUGAAAACCUAAUAAUGUGAAAUAUUACUCUACGAUAAGCAGAUUAUAUUUAACUCAGUUGGUUUAAGGCUGCUGUUUAUUUUAUAGUUAUUCCAGAAUUAUGUAAAUUAUUAUUUCCCUUUGUUUUGUGUACACACAAAGUUGUAUAGCUGGAUUUACUGGCCUGCUGAAUAAAACCCUUAGCAGACCCACAAGCAGGUUUUCGUCAUUAAGGUCACACCAGUGAAAAAUAAAACAUUUAAAACAUA